AUAUAUGUAUGCUUCGUGUAAAAAAUGUUGUGUUCAAUUGAACCCGUUGAUUAUAUAUUGCGUCCGUCUCUUAAUGGUCUGAGAUGAGCUUAAAUGGAGCGGAUAUGAAUAGUGUGACUAUUCAUAUAGCCAACCCCAAUUUGCUUGAGAUUGAGUUCAAGCAACAAGGAAUUCACUUUUCCCCAAACAAAACAACUAUAGUGAGGAGAUUGUGAAUGCAAAUAAGUAAACAAAAUGGUAGAGGGAGGAAUAAACAAAGCAGAUAAAACAGAAUUCACAGAAUGUUGGAGUGCAGUAUGGAAAACUCCUUAUAUAAUGAAGCUAGCUUUAUCAGCUGGCAUUGGUGGAUUUCUUUUUGGUUAUGAUACUGGUGUUAUUUCUGGUGCACUUCUUUACAUAAGGGAAGAUUUUAACGACGUCGAUGAGAAAACAUGGUUGCAAGAAACUAUUGUUAGUAUGGCUGUUGCUGGUGCAAUCUUUGGUGCUGCUACUGGUGGUUGGCUUAAUGAUAAGUUUGGACGAAAACUUUCGAUUCUUAUAGCUGAUGUUCUGUUCUUUGCUGGUGCAAUUAUUAUGGCUGUUGCCCCCGCGCCUUGGGUGAUAAUUCUUGGAAGGAUAUUCGUCGGUUUGGGAGUUGGAAUGGCGUCAAUGACUGCUCCUCUUUAUAUAUCAGAAGCUUCUCCUCAUAAGAUCAGAGGCGCCCUCGUCAGCACGAAUGGUUUCCUCAUUACAGGAGGACAAUUCAUUUCAUACCUAAUCAAUCUUGCCUUUACUCAUGUGAAAGGAACGUGGCGAUGGAUGCUUGGCAUUGCUGGACUUCCGGCAGUUAUUCAGUUUUUGCUCAUGAUUACCCUCCCCGAGUCUCCAAGAUGGCUUUACAGAAAGGGAAAAGUGGACGAGGCGAAGGAAAUCUUGGCGAAAAUUUACUCAACUGAGGAGGUAGAGGAGGAAAUGCAGGCAAUGAAGAAAUCAAUUGAAGAAGAAAAGGCGAUUGAAGGUUCCAUCGGAAGUAGCACAUUUACUCAAAUUAAGCAAGCAUUUGGAAAUACAGCAUGUAGAAGAGCACUCUAUGCAGGAAUCUGUGUUCAAGUGGCUCAACAAUUUGUCGGCAUCAAUACUGUCAUGUAUUACAGUCCAACUAUCAUCCAAUUUGCUGGAUUUGCAUCUAAUAGAACUGCUGUCGCGCUAUCACUUAUCACCUCUGGUCUCAAUGCUGUUGGCUCCAUAGUUAGUGUGGCGUUUGUCGACAAAUAUGGUAGGAGGAGACUCAUGAUUAUCUCUAUGUUGGGUAUUAUUUCUUGCCUCGUUGUCCUGUCCGUUAUCUUCUUCCAAGCAUCCGCUCAUGCACCAACAAUCAGCGGCAAUGAAUCUGCACAUUUUGGUAAUGCUACUUGUAAGGCCUAUGCCAAUUCACCUAAUCCGUCGUCCUGGAAUUGCAUGAAAUGCUUGGCUAAGGAAGCUGAUUGUGGAUUUUGUUCAAAUACCAAUGAUCUGUAUGCUCCUGGAGCAUGUAUUGCAAAAACAGAUGCACUAGAAGGAGCUUGCAAAGCAGAGAAACGCAUUUGGUACACGAAAGGUUGUCCAAGCAAGUUCGGAUUCUUAGCAGUCAUAUUUCUUGGAUUAUACAUCAUAGUGUAUUCUCCAGGUAUGGGAACAAUACCAUGGGUUAUCAACUCUGAGAUUUACCCUUUAAGAUUCCGCGGAAUAGGUGGAGGCAUUGCUGCAGUUUCCAACUGGACUUCAAAUCUAAUUGUUAGUUUAACAUUCUUGACAUUAACUGAACAUCUCGGCUCCUCUGGCACGUUCCUCCUAUUCGCGGGGUUUUCACUUCUUGGACUUGUCGCGAUCUUCUUCCUUGUUCCUGAAACCAAAGGGAUGCAAUUCGAGGAAGUCGAGAAAGUAUUGCAGAAAGGAUACUCUCCAUUUAGAAAGAACACUGCAACUAAAGAUACCUCAGAUCAUAAAAACUGAUACUCAUAGAGUAGAGCAUUCUUUUACCUUCCUUAUUUAUAUAUGUCAUUGUGUACAUACACACACAUAUAUUAAUUUGUAAUCAAUCUGAGAAAUAAAUGAAUUUCUCUACUCAUUGUCAUUCCAUUCAUUUUUUACCUAGUAUAGAAUAAAAACCAUUGAUGUUGCAAAAGUGA